CUAUUUAAUACUUUAAGCAAAAAUAAAUACUGCUUAUGAUGGACUAAUAACCAACAUACUAUAAAUUAAUAACCAAAACAUCUUUACUAUUUGAGAUUUUUUAUAAAUGGCAUCCACCUCCAGCGACGAGCAGGAAGAUUCUUCUUCCUCUCUUACCAAUAAACUGUUAAAAACUCGCGAUGCUUUGGAAAAAUUGAGUUUAGCCAAUGUCCAGGUAACAGAUGGCGAAGAUGAACUAGCAGUGUUCAGACAGCAGUGGCAGCGUGAAUUGGUGGCCACUCCUUCUCCUCAGAGGGAACCUCCUCAACAGCAGCCUAAAUCCGAACCUGAAGAACCAAUCAGCGAUGAAGAGAAGGCAAAGCAACUGUUUCUCCGUGGGGUGGAAUUGGAGAGGUGUGGCAAAUUGUAUGAGGCCAUCCAGCAUUACAAGCGCUCCAUGCAGAUUGUGCCAGAUGUGGAGACCAGGCUCUACGAGAGCACUGAGCACAGAGCUGACACUCCUAUUGAGGAGCUGAAAGUGGAGGAAGUGAGAGAAGUGGAGGAUGUGGAUAGUGAUGAAGAAAUGAUUGAGGGUGAAGACCUGGUGACUCGUCUGCAGCGGAUCCUUGCGAGGAAGGGGACACUCUGCCAACCGGAAUUCACUGCAAGGGGUGGUCAUAUAUCAUGGCUGCCGUACGAGGUUGUCCAGCUGGUGCUGCGCUGGGCGGUCAGCUCGGACCUGGAUGCUGUUACUCUGGAGAGGAUAUCAGCCACCUGCCGCGGUCUGUACCUCGCUGCUAGAGAACCCGACAUAUGGCGGCUGUUGUGUGUAAAGACAUGGGGUAUAGAGUGCGGAGUGCCGCGCGGCCACGGCUUCUCCUCGUGGCGACAGAUGUACAUAGAACGACCUCGUAUACACCUGCAUGGAUGUUACAUCAGCAAGACCACGUAUCUGCGACACGGGGAGAACUCCUACCAGGACCACUCAUACCGACCUUGGUAUCUCGUCGAUUACUAUAGGUACCUCAGGUUCUUCCCCGACGGCGUGGUGCUGAUGUGGACGACCGCGGAGGAGCCGGCCUCGUGCGUGGGCCAGCUGAAGCACCGCGCCGCCAAGCCCAGCCUCGGCAUCAUGCCCGGACACUACAGGCUCGUCGGGGACAAGGUUGUGAUAGUAAUAAAGAAGGUAAGCAGCGAGAAGAAGCCGGCGCACGCUACCAACACUCGUUUCCGCUCGCGCAGGAAGGAGACACACGAACACCAUGAGCAGAUAUUCCAUCUGGUCAGUAUACGAAUAAUGGUCGUUAAUCUAUACUUCUAUAUUUAUAUUUUAUGGACAUGUUGA